AUGGCGGCAAAAAGCAAGACAGCGGGCCGAACCGCCGUUAUGCAGUGCUCAUUUGAAAAUUCCCGAGCAUUCUGGGGUUUCGCGCUGAUAGGUCUCGCCAACACGAUCCUCCCUUCCAUCGUCCAUGCAGCCAACUACCUCAUCAUCCCCUACCCGCGACAUGUCGUCAUCCUGAUCGAACUCCUGCCGGUGCUUCUCACCAAGCUGUCGCUGCCGUUCAUCAUCCACCGCAUCCCGUGCCGGAUCCGACCCCUCGUCGUCGCGGUGUGCUGGUUCAUCGUCAAGCGCAUCGUCGACGACACGCCGCCCAAUGUGCUCCCCCCCGUACGCAUCGUCAACGCGGUGAUCGCCUCCGUCGCGUCCACUGCGACGGAAGUGUCAUGUCUCGGGAUGAUCGGGCACGCCGGCGCGCCGGCGCUGGCCGGGUGGGGCUUCGGCACCGGUGCGGGCCUGCUCGAGAACGCCGUGUGGCCGUUUCUGCUGACGUACGGUGCGGGGAAGGUCCUGCGGAGCGCCACGGGGUACAUCUACUACCUCAUUGCCAUGCUCUUGGUCUCCCAUUUUAUCAUUCUGCCCCAGAAUCUGACCAAGAGGGGCAAAAUGAAGGACGAGCGUGGGAAGGACCGCGAAGGCGCCAGCGCUGAGGAAGGGCGGUCAUUUUUGGGUCGGGACGAGAGCGCGUCGCGAUCCAACAGUCCCGUGGGAAUCAGCAGGACGUUCAGGACCCUCUGCGGCCUGAUGCGGUCGGACAUGCUUCCGCUGUUCGCGGCGUCCGCUUCCCUGUCGCUGCUGCAGUACGGUCUCGCCAGGCCGCUGGACGGAUCGGGCUUUGAGACGUUCUCUCACUUUUAUACCACCUACGGCAUGUCCAUGUAUCUAGGAACCUGGAUGGGGCGAUCGUCGAUCAGGUUCCUCCCGGUGCGGGGCCUCAAACUGCAUCUCGUCGCUCUGGGUGUGUGGGCCGUCGUCGCAUUCAUCAACGCGAUCUUCCUCAUAUCCACGUACAUUGCCUUCCUCCUGGCAUUCCUGGUUGGGUUUGCGGGCGGCUCGCUAUACAUCAAUGUUUUAGCCAGAGUCAGGGAGGACCGAAGAGAUCAGGGCGAUCGGGAGUUGGGUCUCGGGCUCGUCACUGCCGGUGACGCGGGAGGCGGUAUUGUUGGCGGCGUCCUGGGCGCCUUUCUUGAGACGGCGAUGUGCGGGUCGCUCGUGAGCAGCAGUCGCUGGUGUCAUAGGUCCAGGUAG